CAAGAGGAACUACUGAAGAAUAUUCAGAAAAUCUGGGAUUGGGAACACAGGAAGAAAUCGUAUACGAUUUCUUCAUAAAUAAAUUAUUUACACCAUUCAAGAGGGUCGUGUUUAGACCCAAAACACAAUAAAAGUAUGGUCGUUGUCACAACAGGGACCGGAGGCACCCAUAAAGUCCUCCUUAUCUCCGGGAAGCAGAGUGCCUCGUCUGGCGGAACUCAAGGGGGAUUUAGCCGGUCAAUUUCGGUCAUGUUGCCUUCUUCCUCGAACCAAGCGUCGUCGGAUUCUGAUUCCAAUGGAUCUGGACCACCACAACGCAAAAGGCAGAGACUCACACAUUUGAGUCCAGAGGAGAAGGCACUCAGAAGGAAACUAAAAAACAGAGUUGCCGCCCAGACAGCCAGAGAUAGAAAAAAGGCAAAAAUGGGAGAGCUGGAACAACAGGUCUUGGAGUUGGAAUUGGAGAACGAGAAACUCUACAUUGAAAACAGACUGUUACGGGAAAAGACAGAUGGUCUUCUGACGGAAAACGAGGAACUGCGUCAGAGGCUGGGGUUGAACGCCCUGGAGCCCAAAGAGGAAACGGUUCAGGUGCUGGAGUCCAGCGUGGAUGGCGUCGGUUUGACGGUCGGGUCUUCUGAGUCCGCAGCACUCAGGCUACGUGUGUCCGCAGCAGGUGCAGGCCCAGCAGUCGCCAAAUCCGAAGACUUCCACGUGGAUGCUGGCAGCCCUGACUCUACAGACUCUGAGUCUGAUCUCUUGCUUGGCAUUCUGGACAUCCUUGACCCAGAGCUGUUCCUCCGAGUUGGUGAUCAGGAGCCACAGGACCUGCCGGAGCUGGUGGAGGCCGGGGAGGAUUCAGUACCUGCCUCCCCAUCUGCGCCUGUGGGGCCCGCACCAGUUAAGCUGGAAGCCCUUAAUGAACUGAUCCACUUCGACCACAUCUACACCAAGCCCGUGGAGGUGGUGUGCGUGGAGCAGUGUGAAGAUUGCAUCCCUGAAGUGAAGAUGGAGGAGGAGGAGGUGGUGGCAGAGUCUGUGGUGGUGGUGGUGGAGGAGGAGGAGACGGUCCCCAUCAAGGAUGAGCCCGAAGAGGUGGAGGGGAUCCAGGAAAUGAGGGCGGACGACUUCCUGUCUUCGGCCUCCUCCCCUCCCCUGCCCUGCCCCGACAAGGCCUCCCCCUGUUUGAUAGACAGUUACAGCGACUCCGGAUACGAGCGAUCCCCGUCCCCCUUCAGCAACAUGUCCUCCCCCCUGUGCCCAGACGGCGCUUGGGACGAGGACUUCGCCAACGAACUCUUCCCCCAGCUGAUCAGCGUCUGAAGCCCAAAUAAAUGCACCCCCCCCCCUUAGCCCUAUCCAGGCCAAUCUCCUUAAAUGUGUAUAGCCUCUGUAUUUACUUCAUUGUUGUAAAAGCAGUAGUUUCCUGGGUUUAGACCAAUGUCAUGCUCCUUGCAGAGUGUGUAGUCUCUAUUCCAGCAGGUCUCUUGUAGGGGCUGCAGUAUUGCAUUCUUAACAUCAUAAUUGGGUUUCUCUUCUGUUAAGAUUGUCUUAAAUCUUUUGCUUAAGAAUUGGGAGGUGGUCAGACCAGAAAGUUGACUAGCUGAAAAUAACCAGUAUUUCUGUAAAUUGUGGGGAGGAGGAGGGGGGGAGGGAUAAAUUUGUUUAAAAAAAGAAAAGGAAAAAAAACUGCAUAACUAUUUAUUUGUGCAUUUUUGCUCAAUUGAGUCUGUUGUAUUCUGUCCUUUUUUAGCAUGUAUAAAUGCUUAAUUUACUAUGUAAAUUCACAAUUAAGGGAUGCUUUCUUCAUGAAAUAAUUUCUGCAUUAAAACCACGCAUUGCAUCACA